GCGGACAGUUUUCAUCUUGCACGUAGACUUACUGUAUUUCCGUUUAGAAAAUGAGGAAGCUGAUCGUAUAGCUGUGAAAAACAAGUAACAGGGACAACACAUUGAAAACCUUCGUCAGCCAUGGUUCAGUCGCAGCUCUGCUCUCUGGAGCACCUGAUGAAUUCAGGGUUUGGCCGUCCUUUUCCACGACAUGGCCUUCAGCUCCUGUUUUGGUUUGCCAAUGACUGUGUGACCUGUGAACUCACUGACUGUGUCGUCAGCAUGCAGCUGGUGUCAGAUUGUCAACCAGAGAGAGGUUUCUGUGGCUUCCACCCAUUUGGCAAUGUUGAGGAGCUUCUGCCUGUACUGAACAGCCCCAGAAAGGUUGUGUACUUUGAAGUUGGCAACCUGAACACAGAAACCUACCCAGCUUCUGCAAACCUCCCAACAUAUGUGAGGGAAAAUUAUGGGUCAGAUUGUAACUGUGGUAGUGAUAAUAUAGACCGCAUCAUCAUCAGUUGCCAGGUGAGAACUACGGUGGUGGAGACGGUGUAUGUCACUGAGCAUGAUAGAGUUGACUUUGGGAGGUUCAGUCGUGACAGGACCUAUGAAAUCGGCUCUGAACUGAUCCAAGCCCUGCAGAACCCGAAGCUAGACCUCACCACCUUUCUCACCCAGGUGGGCUACUUCGAGGUGGUUCAGGCCAGCAAUAUAGAAGAGAUACACUACCCAGAAUCUUCAGCUCAGCAAAUGUUCGACAUGGUGCAGACCUACAGUGAUGACUUCCUCACAGAAGCCUUCCACCAGCAGCUAGAUGUCACCAUUGAGCCCUUCAGCUAUAAGCAGCACAUGCACUACAUUGUAACCCCACACAACAAUGGACUUGUGGCCAACUACAGUGAAGUGCAACAUAAAUACAGGAAGCCUAAAGCCAGUAAGAGACAAAGAGCUUUGAGGGAAUAUUAUUGGCAGUCCGAGUGGGAGCAGCUUGAUAGAGCUUGUGACGAUGAAGCCAAGAAACGGAGGAGAGAUGGUGGCAUCAGCUUUUUCAAGCUUCUCCUCAGUGCUGGAGCGCUCUGCUUGGCAGUCAGGUGUUUCAGCUGGCUGAGGAGCUGGUGGAAGGCAGACCUGAAUGAAAACCUUCUCAAGAUGGUACCAUGGAAAACGCCAAGUUAUCAACGUGCACAUAUUAUGCUGGACUAUGUGUACUAGAAUUUUACAGUGUCAGUUUUUGUAAUAACAUGAUAUUCUGUACAAUAAUAGACUAAAUAUGUGCUAUUAGUAAUUUGUAAUGCACCUGAGAUGAUUUGAGUGGUGAAAGUCCUGCUUGGAGGUGGACUUGUUAUGUAUAAUGUUCCAUAUUGGAUCAUUUCAUACUAUUUUCCAUAUUGGGAAAAAUGGCAUUGUAGUUUUCCUGUAAUGAUCUUCUAAAUAUAGUUUUAAUUUUGAGAUUAUGAACCAAGUCAGCUAAGAUCGCUACUAAAAUAAAUAGCUGUCAGGGAGUGAUGUGUGCAGCUUCCGUUACUGUUAAGGAGUGAACCCAAUUAAAAAGCCAGUAGUCGGAGACAACAGAGUCACAUUUAAUUGUCAGACUGGGAGAGCUCAGGAGCAGGAGAAACAGUCUUACAGGCAGAGAGGACAAGGCAGAAUCACAGGUAGGUAAUCCAGGCAGGGUGUCGAUAGCCAGCGUAGCAGUCCGAUAGUAGGGAUGAGGCAGGAUCUCCGGUCGAUGGUUCAGGCAGGGUGUCAAUUACAGGCGUAGCAGUCCAACAAUAGGGGCAAGGCAAAUAUCGUUAGUCAGGAGCAGGCAGGAUUUCGUUAUCAGAAUGACAGGUACUGGAAUAAAUGCUGGAGAGUUUAGGCUAGGCAAAAAACAAUCUGGCAGCUCCCCACAAGGCGAGGAGCUGCUACAUACUGAGGAGAGCAGGUGUGAUAAAUGAAACAGUAGGUGAAGGCACUUUAGUGAUGAAGUAAAGUGUCCGAGAGUCUGGGUGAGCUGGGAACAGGAAAUACUUUUAGAGUAAAAGCAGGGAACCGGAAGCCAGCGGGGCAGGAUCAUGACAAUAGCUGGUAAUGAAUUUGUGUUUCCAAAUAGUGAGUGAACUAAUUAAUAUAUAGUGAAAUUAAUAUAAAAUGAUUUUUAGUCCAGUGAUAAAGAUGUCAAUAAAUGUUAAAAUAAAUUAGUCUAAAAUGUAAAUUACCAGUAGGUUGUGAAGUCUGAAAUACUGCUACUAUUUUAAAUUGAUAAUGGUUCUUGAUUUGACAAAUAUUUAGUAUUUAACUUUGAAACAUUUUUUAAAAACAUGGAUGUGUUAUUAAGUGCUUGGUGAGUGCAUAUAGAUUUACUACAGAUGUUUUAUGUUUUAAGAUAUUUAAAAUACCUUUUUUUGAAUAAUAAUUUGUUCCAAAUGUUUUUCCUUAUUUACUUCCAUAAUUAAAAGACUAGAAACAUGCUUUGUUUUUCUAUUUUUUUUUUUUUUUUUAAGUUUCAGUACUGGACUCAAGAUGUCUCUUGCUUUACUGAAAAGUCUCUACCCUGUGUAUGUGCACUGGAAGAGAUAGUAUAUACCACCUUUCAUCAAACUUAAUUUGACAGGUGGCCCCGCCCCCUUUGUCCAUUUUUCAGCCAAUCAGAAUCGUCCUUUCAGUCCUUAGU